UUGAGAGGCACUUUGGUGGGUGAGGACUUUGAGCUGUGGUGUGUGUGGGUGCAAGUGUGUGCAUGCUCUUUAUUCCCCACACAGAGAGCUGAACUCAUUAGUAGAGUUGGUUGGAAAAUGCAGAGUUGGGGGAAUUCCUUGGAAAAAUUCAACUUUUCAGUGAAUAAUUGAAAUAUUUUGGUUCUGAAAUGGUGCCACUUUGGAGUUGUAGUUUGGCGGGGGCGUGGGGUGGGGUGAGGCACCCCAGUUUCCUCUCUAACACAAGCUCCUGGUAGUAUUUGUUCUCUGUAUAGGGGUGUAGCACCCCAUGGGUCAGCCAGAAUUCGCAACCAAGACAGCUUGGGUAUAAUCAAGGAGGCUCCCUGUUCUGCUGUGUAAACAGAAACAGGACGCUGAGCAGGAGAUGGGACUAUAAGCAAUCCAGGUUGCAAGGGGUGGUGAUAUCUCUCUCUCCUAGGCUCCAGAAGAUGAACCUGACUAGGCUCAGAGACUUUGUGUCAGGGAUCUGGGCGCUGGCAGCCCAUCUCAGUGGUUAGAACUGGGCUGAGGGGGCAAAGGGUCAGAGCCCGAGUCAGGAGCCAGGAAGGGGACAUGGGCUGGAGCACAAUCCAUCACAGCUGCGUGGCCCAGCAUUGAGCAGCCAGCGACCUGCUGCUGAGCUUAAAUACAGGCCUGCUGACUCUCUUCAGGCAGCACUAGCAGAACCCAUCAAUCAGCCUGGAGAGUACUCAGGCCCAGUGGGAGGUGCCUGGUUCUGACACCUUGCAGUGAGGUCUCUGAGCUGAGGAGUUAUGAGCCAGGGUCUGAGGUGAGAUCUUAUUAAAGGAGACACAUUUACUCUGAUUAGCUUGUUUUUUGGCUUGCACUUGUCCAGAUCCUUUAUGAGGAACGUUUUGAUACCAACUGGGGAAUAUAAGAUAGAGCUAACCUGCAGUGUCACAUUCAGCCACAAAAGGGUGCAUAGGGAUGGCAUAUAGCUUUACAUUUCCCAUGAUACCACACUGUUCCAUGACCAUGCCUUUCAUGGCAAUGAUGCACCAUGGGAGAUGAAAUCCAGCCUGGCUGGCACAGGAAGAAUAGGAGCAUGAAGCGCCAGAACUACAACUCCUAUCAGGCACCGCGGCAGCAUUUCCAAAUAGAAGUAUUUUGGUUUUGCAGCUGAAAAUAUUCCAGUUUUUGGGCACUUGGUGGUUCAACAAAAAAUCAGUUUUCUGUGGAGAGCAAAAACCCAAUAUUCCUUCAAAAAAAAAACAUUUAGAUGGAAAAUUUUACAUACAGAAAUAUAUCUCCUGCUCAUCUCCAUAACGAGCAGUGACUGUGGUGUGGGAUUGCUAGUUGUUGUCCACCUGUAGCCCAAGGUGGCAGGAAGACACUCCCCUCCAAUGGCUGCUUGGCCUAAAGCACAUUGUCUGGGUGAUCUCCACUUCUUAGCUGACGGGCAGCCAUGUUGCUCGGUAACUCACCAGCAUCCUAGACAUUAACUGGCACCUUUGUUGGUGCCCUCAGCAUAGAGGGUGUGGAGGAGGACAUCCCUUCCCAUCUGGGAUGCUGCUGGAGCAGUGUAGGGAGAAGCUUGCCCUGCUGCUGGAGGGAGGGGACUGUCCCCUUUCACCAGUGUUAAAUUCACUUCAUUAAACAAACCAAACACAAAGGGCCUCUGGCUUCCCCAAAGUGUUAGAUGUGAAACCCUGAUACUGAUCCCCUCUCUCUCCCUCUCUCAUAUAUCCAUGCCCUGCAGGCAGUGGGCGGAUUGGCCGUGGGGACCCUGAGCGCAACCCUGAUGUGAUUCUGGAGAUGAUGGAAAAUGACCUGCAGGCUUUCUUCUCAGAAAUCGAAACUUACCAGCCAGAACGUGUUGAAGCAAUUACUCAGCAGAGGAGUGCCCAGAUCCCGCAGGUACAGUUCUGAUAGAGGCAGGGCCUCGUGGACUGUUGCUCUCUUGUCCCAGGUGAGCCCAGGCAGUCUGCAGACACAGGUGAUGGAGGAAGAAUUCCAGUUCCUGAUCUGCCAGGGAUGCCAGAAAGAACCCAGAAAUCCUAAGCUCCUGUCUUGCCUUCACACUUUGUGCGCCGACUGCCUGGAAGAGAACAAGCCUGUUGGCCAGUGCCCCAUCUGCCAUGCUCCCAUCCCACAAGCCAGUGGGAUCCCAGACCAGGACAACCUGCUCUUUGCCAAUCUGCAGGCCAAGCUGAGCACCUACCAGAAGAUCAUCCAAGGCAAUGACCUGGUCUGUGACAACUGUGGGCAAGAGGGAGAGUUCUGGUGCUCUGACUGCGAGGAGUUCCUUUGUGUCAAGUGCUUUGAGACCCACCAGAGGUAUCUAAAGCGAGAGAGCCAUGAGGCCAAGGCAGUGAGGGAUCUCAAGGUGGGAUCUGCCAAGGAGUUUCUUGGUGGUUCCAGGAAGCUCAGUAACUUGUCCUGUCCCAAUCCAACCCACGCAAACCAGAUGCUGAGCAUCUACUGCAGAGAGUGCCAAAAACCGAUCUGCUGCAUCUGUGCCCUGCUGGACAGCCGGCACACAGGCAGGCAUUGUGAUAUCAAGGUGGAAAUCCAGCAGAGGCAGCAGGAGCUGGGGAGCGUGAGCGAAGAGCUGAAGAAGAAGGAGGAACUCUUCCAAGAUGCCUAUUGUAACCUGAAGAGAAAAGCUGACCAUCUGGACCAGGUGAGGAAUGAAACCCAGGAGCUGAUCCGAAAGAGAGUUGAGCAGAUGGUGCAGCUGAUCCGAGAGAAGGAGCAGGAAUUGCUGGAGAUGGUGGAGAGGCAGCACCACCUGGGGAACGAGGAGCUGGAGGGGAAGCUGCAGCAGACAGAAGCCGUGCUCAAGAGGAUGGGCGCCAGCAAGCAGCUGGUGGAGAAGAUGCAUCUCUACGCAUCGGACCAGGAGGUGAUGGACCUUCACUCCUUCAUCAAGGGAUCACUGGAGGAGCUCAGGAAGCUGCAGCCUCUGGCUGUGGGAGCCAGUAUCCAGGCUGGAGGCUUCACCAAGUGUAAAGCCAGACUCCAGGCUCUGUUUGAAAGAGUGACUGGGGAGGGAGGUACCUCUGCUCCCCAAUGCGCCCCCCCGUCGGAGGACAAGAGCACUGUGACACUCAGCCUUGAGCCUCUGCAUCCUCCAGAGGCUUCCCACCAGCGGAGACACCUCCCUGCCAAUGACAGUGAAGGGCUGUUCUCCCAUGAGGACCCCACGUGUCCCCCCAGCUCCCAGACUGAGCCAUGCCCACCCAAGGAUGGAGGAGGAGAUGUCUGUCCAGCUAACUGGGGUGAUGGCUCUCCAGUGCUACCAAUCAUUCCACCAUCCCAGGCACGAAGGAAUGGGGAGAAGGAGAACGCCUUCAGGCAGCUCACAAGUGCUGAGGUGGAAAUCCCGAGUGUCCCUGGGGGGAUACGGGGCCCUCUGGCCUCCGAGCAUGGGGAUUUAGCGGCCCGGCCCAGGGCCAGUGUGAGCCAGGCAGACAGCCUCCUGGUGUUAGGAAGCAGCAUCCUGAAAGGACAGCAAAGCACAAACAGGCACCUGCUGUCUAUGUUGCGUGGGGUCACGUCCAUCUCCCGCUCCCUCCACACCCUCACCUCAACCUUGAACCCCUUUCUGCAGGAGACCACUAGCUGGUGGCAAGCCAUGCAGCUGCCUCCUCCAGUCCCUCCGGGCCCAGGGAGCCCACCCCUCCCUGAGACCAUGGGCUUGUCAGUGCCAUCAUUGCCCUCGGACCUGCUGGACCUGUUCCUUCCUGACACCCCGGAGGGCAGUGUUUCCCUGCUCCCAGCAGCACCCAUUGCUCAUCGCUCCAGCAGCCACUCCAUCUCCCCUCCUCCCCAGGCAUCUACCUCCUCCACCAAACCACCUGUCCAACCCCAGCCUUUUCACUCCCGCAAACAGGCAGGAGAGAGGGCCAGGACAGGAGAGGGGGCCGGGACAGGAACCGGUGCAUCGAUGGAUCAUCGCAGAGAAGCUGCCCCAGCUAGAUUCACAGAUAAUUUCAGCAAGGCCUCGUCGUUGUCUUUACCAGCGAAGAGGAAAGGAGUCCAAACUGAGGCCCCUGCGAAGGUGAUCAAGACUGAAGCUGAUGCAGGCAAAUGGGAGCAAUCAGCAAGGAAGCACCAGCAGAAUUUGCUGGAACAACCGGGGACCAGCUCCUCAACAUCAAGCAGCUCUUCAUGUGUGACUGACAGCUUCAGUGCAGCCAAAGUAGCUGACUUGCUGGAAAAUAACAUCUACAAACUAUGUGAGCCAGAUGAUCCCACAGGUUGUUUGGACAGCUCUGAAGGGGAUUACAGUGAUGAAGAGUCAACAGACUCUAGUCUGCCAGACAACAUCAACAGCGUCAGUUGUGAGAGCAGCGAGGGAGACCUCCUGGCCUUUCCUGCCGGCAGCCCGAGGGAACUCGACAUGAGACAAGCAUCACUGCUCUUCUUCGACCUCAAGUUCUUGACAGCAAAUAAGAUCCUUCAGCUGGCUGUGGUGGACGGAGAAAAGAGCUUUACCAUCUUGAUUCAGCCGCUGAAAUCUUUGCCUGGCUUGAUCUCAAAAGGCGGCGUCUGUGAGAUUGGUGUGAAGACCUUAUUCCACUACCUCUGCUCUGUCCACAAACCCAUUUUAGCAGGGUAUGACCUCUGGUCACCAGCCCUUCCUGUCCUGUUUCAAUCCCUAGAUCUCCUUAGCAAGAAAGAGGAGUUUAGUGCAGCUGUCUUUGGUUUCCUGGACAUCUUGCCCCUGAUUAAAGAGAAGAUCCCCAAGGCUGGGAGUUACAAACUGAAGAACCUGGCCAACACUUACAUUUGGCGGCAGCUCAGUGAUAACAGCCCCCUGGAUAAUGCAAAGGCCCUAAGGGAUCUGUGCACAGUUCUGGAGGUUGAUCCAGUGGAGGACCCGAGGCCUGUGCUCACCUGCUCUAAUCUGGAAUGUUAUGCUUCCCUUCAGCCAUUGCUGAAUGAGAAACUUCUCACUAAGCCUUCGGUGCAGAUGCUGUCCAUGCACAACGUGAGCCUUUCCAAGCUCCACACCUUAUACCUGAGGGACCCUGAGAAAGGGCUGCAGAAGUUCUGCAGGUUCUUCAAUUCUCGGCUGCAGAGCUCUGAGAAGAAAAUCCGAAAGCUAAGUAAGAUCAAAGCCCAUUUCCAGAGCCCACAGCCAUCAGCUGGGCACCAAGCAGCAGCAGCAGCAGCAGCAGCAAAUGAACUGCCACGAGCAAUAAAGAGUGAGCCAGACUACUGACGUACAUCUACAGCUCAGACAAAUAUAUCUGUGUAUGGCACCUCAGGUAUGAGGCUGAGCAGCAACUUUCAGCUCUCAGGUCCAGACUCCACCAGAAUUCACCAUUUUCAGUUUGGCCCAUUAUUUAGAGCAGGGCCUGUUAAAAGCUCACAUCUAGAUCUGAACUACGAAUUUCAGGGAUGCUUGGAUCAGGUGUUCGGUGGGGGGUGGAGCUCUUCCCCACCCCCACCCUGUUUAUAUUUAUUUCAUAUACAAAACUUUGUUAAGGUGAAGUACUUAGGGCACUAGCCUAGGGAGACAUGGGUUCAAGUCCCUGCUCCACCACAGACCUCCUGUGUGACCUGGGGCAAGUCAUGUAGCCACUCUCUGCCUUAGUUUCCCAUCUGCACAAUAGGGAAAAUAGCCCUGCCCUGCCUCGCUGGAGUGUUAGGAGGCAGUGGUUAUAUCCUAUGGGACCAAAUAAGUACCCAAGAUAGACCGCAAUCAGGAUUGCAGGGCCAUAUCAGUGGCUUGAGGACAUACUGCCUGUCAGGAAUGUUAAAGUCCCUCAAGCAUUAAAUCCCCCAACGGUGCAGACUUAAGGGUGCUACUCUGAGCAGGACUCCUGGUAGUAAUAACACUGCAAUCUGACCAUACAUGGUUUCCAUCAGUGCUGCCAUCAAUGGAGCUGCACUAGUAGUUAUGGGACCUAAUUUUCCUAGUGCAGACAAGGCCUGUGUUACCUGAUAUAUUCAUUUCCUCCCUUCUGCUUGUUGUACGGCCCAGAUCCUCAAAAGCGUGUAGGCACAUAACUCCCAUUGAGAGUCAGGCACCUAAAUACUUUUGAGGAUCUGGAUCUACAUGACUAGAGGGAGGACUCUGUCUAUCCAGCCAGUACUUCCUUGUAUUUAUUAUCACCAUCAGCCUGGAGAUUAAGCAACUUUUAUACAAUUAUAUGCACAAGAAUUGCCUAUGUGAUUGAUUCAGAGGGCUGGACUUGAUGACUUUUCACAGUCCCUUUUAGUCUUACAUGUCUAUGAUUGUGUCAGCAGCAUGCAGGGCAAGGGGAAUUUUAAUUAUAAUAAAAUGAAAUGUCUUUGCUCCCUUCUAGAAGUGUGGCCUAGAUCCUCAAAGAUAUGGCACCUAACUCACGUUGAUUUCAUGCAAGUUAAGAGCUUAAAUACCCUGGAGGAUCUGGACCACUGUCCUCUUUGUAUUUUCCUACUUACCCUGCACAUUUCCUGCUACUUUUCAAUGUAGAUUGCAAAUUCCUUGGGGCAGAGAAUCCAUUGUCAUUGGUGUUUGUAAAGGGCUAUGUAAGUAAGAAAUAAAAUUCAUAAUUUGAUAUGAAUCCAAAGUUGUUCU